AGAGAGAGAGAGAGAGAGAGAGAGAGAGAGAGAGAGAGAGAGAGAGAGAGAGAGAAAUGCAGCACAGGGUUUGGGAUCGUAUCCAGAGCAACACCGUGCUGAGGCUUCCUCUGGAUUCUGACUCUUUUACGCAGUUUUACGCACAAACUUCUUUGUUCCGCCGGUUCAGUGUCCGCAGCAGGGGGGUAACAUGGAGCUCUCUGCUCUCCUGAGUGUGUGUGUGCUGUGGAGGAUCUGCUGGGCUUCUCAAACUCACAACCACAAGCUCACACAACAUCAGGACACAAACGACGUCAUCGACAUUCUGGAAAUUCUGAGCAGCAAACACACUCGAGGAAUCAUCAAGGUCAAAGGUCAUGACCCCAACACUGCCUCUUGGCGUUUUCGUCAUCGCACACCUCACCUGACCCUGCCGCCGGAUGUUUACCGCCGCUUGGUGAGGGUGUGGCGUGGCUCGUUCAGCUUGCACCUGGUUGGUCAGCAGGCUGGAGGUUCUGCAGUGACUCUACUGUCUCUGAGCUCUCCGGGGAACGUGCCGCUCCUUCGCAUCAUCUCCAACACACAGGAGGAUUUCCUCCUGCUGGAGAUCCACACGAAGCUCAACACUGAACCGAAGGUGUUGAAAAUCCCCGGGGGAAAUCCCUUCUCAGGUGGGAGGUGGGCGAGGGUGGUGCUGGGCGUGGCUCCUGGAACGGUGUGGCUAUUCCAGGAGUGUGAAAAUGCCACAGUACUGCAGCUUACACACCAGGGACGACCUCUGACCAUUAACCUCCCUCCUCAUGACCUCCAGGUCACCGUAGCAAGCACGGCAGAUGAAAAAGCAGGCAAAUUUAGUGGUUACCUGCAGACUGCACAGAUCUCCACUCAUCCCUAUGAGAAACGUCCUUGGCUCUGCAGAAAUGUUACGGACUCUCUCCCACUUUCCCCCACCCCCUACAGCUCUAUGGAUUUGGAACAGGAGCUCCAGGACCAGCCGGAGCGCCCGGUCUCGGUGCUCGGCCCCCCGGCGGCUCCUCACGACAAAGCGUCUCACGCAGAACAGAGACAGCGAGCCAAGAACCAGGAGGAGAUGCUGCACAACAUCAGCACCAUGCUAUCCAUGCUAAAACAACAGAAUGAGGACCUGCAGGCUCGGGUACAGUAUUUGGAGUCCUGUGAGUGUGUGAGGAGAACCUGCGCCUGGGAGAACCGUGAGAUGGAUGAGGGAUCGCGCUGGAAUUCCGAUGCCCACACGGAGUGUUCCUGCACGUCUGGGAGAGUUAAGUGUGAAACGUCUAACAGAUGUGUGUAUGAUGGAGGUGUGUAUAAUGACAACGAGGUGUUUGUACCCAGAACUAAUCCCUGUGUCACCUGCGUCUGCUCUGGUGGGGAAGCAGUAUGCAGUAAUGUACCCUGUCCUACACCUGACUGCGGUUUGGUGGAGACUGUCAGCGGAGAGUGUUGUCCCAGGUGUCGAAGUUGUGUCCAGGAGGGGGUGCAGCAUGAACACGGCUCUACUUGGCAUCAUCCCCUAGACCGCUGCAGCGUCUGCACAUGCUCAGAGGGACGAGUUGAGUGUUCUACAGAGAAGUGUAUCACCAAGUGUAGAGACACGACACACAGAAACAACUGUCCUUCCUCUAAUCCUUGUUCCCAGAACGGACAGAAUUUCCUAAACGGGGAUCCGGUGCCCAGUGGAGAUCGGUGUAAGCAGUGUGUGUGUGAGAAUGGAACUAUUAAUUGUAAGCCCCUCCCCCUCCCCACCCCUAACUGUGAUCAUCCAAUCAAGAGGGACAAAGACUGCUCUCAAAAGUCUGUACAGUGUAAUUAUGAGUCAGAGGUGUAUUCCGAUGGUCAGCACUUUACCUCUAAGCAGAAUCCCUGCUUGACCUGUCAGUGUUUAGCCGGGGAGGUUGUGUGUAAAAAUACAGAGUCAUCGUGUCCCUCUCAGCACUGUACACACCCCACUAGACAGCGUGACACUUGCUGCCCCACGUGCAACUCUUGUGAAUUUGAGAGAAGAGAAUAUGCGAACAGUGAGGUGUUUAAGCCGCCGGGACACGGACCCUGCUUAGAGUGUGUGUGUGAGGCAGGUAGUGUUAGAUGCCAUCAGGAGAGCUGUCCCCCUGUUACCUGUCCAAACCCUGUCAGAGAACCCAAUGACUGCUGUCCUGUAUGUAAAGUGUGUGUGUUGAACGCUGUAGAGUAUAACCACGGGGCCCUGUGGGACUCUGAGGACGAGGACACGCCCUGCACCAGCUGCUCCUGUGUUGAGGGGAAUGUUCAGUGUUGGGUGAAAGCGUGUCCUUCUCCGUCCUGCACUCAUCCCAACAAAGAACCAGGCGAAUGCUGUCCGUCGUGUAAUCACUGUAUCUACAACCAGCGCAUUUAUGAGAACGGACAGAGCAUCUUGGAGCCGAGCGAGCCGUGUAACAUGUGCACCUGUCAGGAUGGCUCGGUGCUCUGCAGUAGGGUGAAGUGUCCACUGGUUUCCUGUUCUAACUCUUUCACUACCCCUGGAGAGUGCUGUCCCCGGUGUCCAACCUGUCAUGUUGAUAACCACAUGUAUGUUGAUGGUGAAACAUUUGUGAACCCUGAGAAUCCGUGUGAGGAGUGUGUGUGUCAGGGGGGUAACACGAACUGUUAUAACAACUGCCCCAGGCCCAAAUGUCAUUAUCCCAUCACUGGGACCUGCUGCCAGAACAACUGCAAUGGAUGUAAUUAUGCAGGUAAAAAUUAUCCCAACGGAAUGGAGUUUCCUCAUCCAACAGACUCGUGCAGGGAAUGUCACUGUCUCAAUGGUAAUGUACAGUGUAGGAUGAGUAGAUGUCCCCCUGCACAGUGCAACAAACCCACAAUACCCCAAGGACAGUGCUGUCCUCAAUGUCCAGCACCCCCUGCUGACUGUGUUUAUGAAGAUCAAUUGUACAGAAACGCACAGCGCUUCUACCAUCCCUCAGACACCUGUCAUAUCUGCUCCUGCACCAAUGGGACUGUCAGCUGUCACCAUAAGCCCUGCCCCUCUGCCCCCUGCACCCACCCUCUGCAGCAGGACUGCUGUCGCACGUGUGAUGGAUGUUUGUAUAACGGUGUGGAACAUGCUAACAGACAGAGGUUUGCGGACGUAACGGACCAGUGUGGGACGUGUGUGUGUCGUGAAGGCUCAGUGACCUGUGAGAGAAGACGCUGUCCCCAAAUCACAUGUCAGUUUCCUGUUCAGGGAGAGUGCUGUCAGAGCUGCGACGGUUGUCAUUAUUCAGGUGUAGAUUAUUUAAGUGGUCAGGAGUUCCUGGACCCUUCAGAUCACUGUAAACACUGUAUGUGUAUAAAUGGUGAUGUGACCUGCAGACAGAAACCCUGCUUCAGCCCCGGCUGCUCUCACCCCGCUCCGGCUCCUGGACACUGCUGCCCCGUGUGUGACGCUUGUUCUUAUGAUGGAAAGAUUCUCUUAAACGGACAGUCGCUACCAGACAGAACGGACCCGUGUACAGAGUGCACAUGCAUGAGAGGUGAGGUGAGAUGUAGUGCUAAGUCCUGCAGCACUGUGUCGUGUCCUCACCCAUCGGUGGACACUUGUGGAUGUGCCAAUUGUAACCGCUGCAGGUUUCAAGGGCGAGAGUGUGUGAACGAAGAGCACUUCCCUCAUCCUCAUGACAACUGCCAGAGAUGCACCUGCCAGAACGGUGAGGUGUCUUGUAUAUCUGUGGCGUGUUCAGCCGUGUCGUGCAGGAGGCCUGUGAUACCUCCGGGGUCGUGUUGCCCCAUGUGUACAGGUGUGUGUGAACACAUGGGGCAGGAGUAUGACAGUGGCUCCACCUUCACCUCCCCGACUGACCCCUGUUUCAUCUGCACCUGUCUGAAUGAAGUUGUCUCGUGUCAGAGGAAGCCGUGUCGUCAGGAGUGCACACACCCUCUUCACUACUUAGACUGCUGCCCCAUUUGUGACAUGUGUUUAUAUGAAGACGUGCAUUACACACACACACAGAUGUUCACACCACAGUCUAAUCCAUGUCUGCUCUGCACGUGUGUGAGUGGGAAUGUCACGUGCACAUCUGUCACCUGUUCUGUAGUCACGUGUCGCAAUCCAAUCGCUCCUCCAGGACAGUGCUGCCCCCAGUGCAGAGUGUGUGUGGAGAAUGGUGUUGAGUACAGAGAGGGGGAGAGGAUUCGUUCUCGCGGUGACCACUGUUCUCAGUGCACCUGCGAGGACGGCGAGGUGAGAUGUGCUGCAUCUCAGUGCACACAGUUAAAGUGCAUGCACCAGGUUACAGAUCCAGGCUCCUGCUGCCCAAGAUGCCGAGGGUGUGUGUAUGACAGCGUUGAACACCCUGAAGGCAGCACCUGGUUCGCCUCCAGCGGUCCCUGUAUGUCCUGCAUGUGUGUGGACGGAGUGAUAACAUGCUCAGAGAUCCAGUGUCUCUCUCCCUGCAUCAACCAGAUCAGUGUUCCUGGGGAGUGUUGUCCUCUGUGUGCAGACUGCAUCUUUGAAGGUCGUGUUUAUGGACCAGGCGAGAACUUCCAUCCAUCAGAUGAUCCUUGUCAGAUCUGCACUUGCGAGGUGAUGCCAGAUGGACAGCAGCACCUGCGCUGUUACAGGAAGCAGUGUCCCAGUCUUGUGGACUGCCCCAAAAACAACAUUAUGUUCAGCGAUCCUGAGUCCUGCUGUCCAGUGUGUGCUCAGCCUCUCAGCAUCUGCACAGAAUCACUGAUAGGAAAUGAAGUUCUCGCUACGGACGACCCCUGUUACACCUGCCAGUGCAAAGAUCUAACAUGGACAUGCAUCCAUAAGUCCUGUCCUUCUCUCAGCUGUCCACCAGAUGAACAGUACACCCCCCCCGACUCCUGCUGUCCUGUCUGUGAUGUGUGUGUGGUGGAGGGAGGGAGACGUCGUGUGAACAAUGGAGAGAGCUGGACUGAUAAUGAAGAUGAGUGUAUCAGCUGUUCCUGCAAACUGGGACUUAUAGAAUGUACUAUAGAGGAAUGUGCGCCUCUUGUGUGUGGACUCGGACUGCUGCGGGUCAAAAGGCCCAGAAAGUGCUGUUAUGAAUGUCAAGCAGACAUCACGGCUCAGUGUGUGUAUGAGGGAGCGGUGUAUGAUUCUAAUGAACAGUGGGAUGUGGAUGAAUGCACUUCCUGCACGUGUGUGUCCGGAGACACUCACUGCCAAACCGAGAGAUGUCCGGCAGUGUCCUGUGCUUCUGAUGAAACUCUGUCUGUGAUUCCCGGGAUGUGUUGUCCACACUGUAUCCCGCGUCCUGCCACCUGCAUCGUGUUUGGAGAUCCUCACUAUCGCACGUUCGACGGAAAGAUGGUGAACUUCCAGGGGACGUGUACGUAUGUUUUAGCACAGGAUUGUGAGGACGGAGACUUCAGUGUUCACGUGACGAACGAUGAUCGUGGCCGUAAGGGCGUGUCCUGGACUAAAGAGGUGACGGUGUAUGUGAGGGACAUUGUGAUCCAUCUGCUGCAGGACUGGGUGGUGAAGGUUGAUCAUCAAACUGUCAUGCUGCCAUUUCUUAAAGAACCAUAUAUUUACCUGGAGCGCAAAUCCAACACCAUCCUCCUCAACACCAAUGUUGGCCUGAAGGUGAUGUGGAACGGACGUUCUCACCUGGAGGUCAGUGUUCCAGGCACGUAUAAGGGACAGAUGUGUGGUCUGUGUGGAAACUUCAACAACUUUCCUCAGGACGACAUGCAGCUGCGUAACAGACAGAUAACCAGCUCAGAGGCGACGUUUGGAAACAACUGGAAGGUGGGCGGCGGCAAGAACGCGAGUGCUCAGUGCUCAGACGCGAAGAACGUCGACCCGUGUAAAGAGGCUGGAUAUUCCUUUAGGAAGACGGCAAACAGUCGCUGUGCGGUCCUAAAGUCUGCCGUGUUUGAGCGCUGCCACAGGGUGGUGCCUCCGGAGAUGUUCUUCGCCUCGUGUGUGUAUGACCUGUGUGCCUGCGCAGCCAACGCAGACGAGUGUUUGUGUGAUGCUCUGGAGGCGUACGCUUCUGAGUGCCGUGAGGCCGGAGUCGUCUUACAGUGGAGAUCACCUUCCCUCUGUGCUGUGGGCUGUCCUUUGGAUCGUGGUUAUGUUUUUGAUGAAUGCGGUCCUCCGUGUCCUAAAACCUGCUUCAACAAGGACGUGCCUCUGGGCGUGAUCGAGGCUCACUGCUUUAAACCGUGUGUUCCGGGCUGCCAGUGUCCCGCCGGACUGGUGCAACACGAAUCCCACUGCAUCUCCCCAGAAAAAUGUCCCAAAGUCAUUCAUGGAAGCUCCUGAUCUCUUCAGAGCUCCUGUAAGUCAGACACUGCUGCUUUGCUGUCAUUUACUCCACAUGGUGCUCAACAUAGGAACUUAAAGUGGCGGUGUGUAAGAUUUAGAGUCGCCUCCUUCCCCCACAUCAACUCCAAUCUGUCUAAAUGAUGUACACAGUGAAUGUUGUUCUCCACAGAAACGUUCUGAUGCUCUGAUUGACUGAUCAUUACAGAUGUAGAGACACGUCAGUGUUACAUACUUCACCUUUAAUAUCAGUCCUGUGUAAAGAGUUUUAUCUGAAUAAAACAAUGCAAACCAAGAAAGUGUCAUUUACAAACCAGCGCUAAUUUUGUGUUUAAAUAAAGAAAAAAGUUUACGCAAUUAAUAUUCCAUCUGAAAAUAUCAAAAAUAGCUCAAAUAAUAAUAAUAUUAAUAAUAAUAAUAAACAAACAAACAAACUAAAUAAAUAAAUAGUUUAACCUUAAAUGUGAGACUCAGAGUUUUCACAACUAAGAUUUAUCUUUUAUUUUAAGGUUUGUGUCCAAAAAGCACAUUAUAAACACAAUUCAACAUGAAUUCUUGUGUUUUCACACACACACACACACACACACACACACACACACACACACACACACACACA